CGCGACCCAUUUCACUCAUUCCUCCUUACCACACCGACCAAGCCAACCGGUUCUCGUUUUUACGUUUUCCAACAUAUUUAGUCGCUAGUUUCGGUGACGAACGCAUGGGUUGCCGCGAUUUAAAAAACAUUGUAAAUAAAAAUACAUCAACGACAUUUAUCAGAUCGCAGUCUUAACACCUUAUCGUUAUCACUGAACAGUUGUUUUAGAGUUUUUACACGAUAAAUCCAUUUAACUUAAAAAUAUGACCUCAGUUAAUUUAUUUAAUAAUUCAUUAACGCGGUUGGGCUCUCACUCAUUAAAAAAGUUGAUAAAUGCUUACUCGUUCGACAAUAUAAGGAAUUUCAGUUUAUCCAGUAGCAGGAAAAUGAGGUUCGUGCAAUACAGACUCAAGACCGGGGGACCUCAGCAGUUGGGGGCGCAAAUUUCGCCGCAGGGGGAUAUUUUCGAUAUCAGUGCCGUAGACUCCUCCAUCCCCAAUUCCCUAGUGAAAUUCUUGGCCACUGGGAAUGGUACUUACGAAAAAGCGAAAAGGAUAGUAGCAGCUGGUAAAUCUGUAACACCCUUAAGCAGCGUAGAUUUGCUAUCACCAAUUACAAAACCAGAUAAAGUAGCCUGUAUAGGUCUCAACUAUAAAGGACACUGUGAAGAGCAGAACAUACCUUUCCCUCAGGAGCCUAUGAUUUUUAGCAAAUUUUCCUCAACUAUCAUAGGCCCUCAUGAUAAUGUGGUUAUACCUCCAAUAACAGAUAACGUUGAUUGGGAAGUAGAACUGGCAGUCGUUAUAGGAAGGCAAGCUAAAGCUAUUCGGCCAGAUCAAGUCAACGAUUACAUUUUCGGCUACACCGUAGCUCAAGAUAUUAGCGCGAGAGACUGGCAAAAGAAAAGAAACAAUGGACAAUUCCUCUUAGGAAAAUCCAUGGAUACGUUCUGCCCGUUAGGACCCGCAGUUAUCACAAAGAAUAAAGUAGAUCCAAAUAACUUAGCCAUCAAAUCAUGGGUUAACGGGACACUCAAGCAAAAUGGAAAUACGUCGGAACUGAUUUUUAAAAUUGACUUCUUGGUCUCUUAUUUAUCUCAAAUUGUAACAUUGUAUCCAGGAGAUAUAAUUUUAACCGGUACACCAGCAGGCGUGGGUAUGCACCGAAAUCCCCCAGAAUAUUUGAAGAAAGGCGAUGUAUUGGAAAGUGAAAUCGAGGGCAUUGGAAAAUUAAGAAAUGUAAUAGCUUAAAUAUCAUUAACUGACUUUAUACUGUGCAUUUAUUACAUUAUACAACUUUUAUUAAUAAAAAAUGAAAUACAUUUUAUACAUA